UAAUGACCCCCUCUCCCAUUCACACACACAAGCACACACACGCACACGCACAAUUGCAUAGAAAACAAAUCAUGUUAAAAUUAAUGAGCUGUCGAAAAUUUUGACAGAAUCAAUAUAUAUAAGAGACUCUUAUAGAUAAUAAAAAUAGUUUUAGAACGUCCUAUAAAGUGAGUCCAGUUUCUUUCUUCUCAAAAUCUCACAUCCAUCUCCAUUAAAGUCGUAUGUGUGGUGUGCUCACGCGAGAAAUUCCGGUGCCUGAUUGCCAUCACCCCCCCCCCCCCACCUCUUCCCAAACCGCCCAUCACACACAUACACACACCCACACGCACACUCACUGUAAAUGAGGAAGUUAGCAAUCCGCAAUCACGACAUAUCAUCAAAUCAUGCACUCGUAAGGGUGGAAGAUGGACAUAAUAAUGGAUUCUCUUCUUGGAUUGGUGACGUGUUGUUUAAUAAUAACAAGGUCUGUUGCUUUGGUUGUGACGAGUGGAGGACCCGUUACCACCUUCGCCGGUGGACAAUCUGAGAUGACUUGCACCUUCUCUCCUACCAACUCACAAGGAUUAUCGUUUGCUUGGUCUUUUGAUGGUCAAAAUGGACACAGCGAUCAGAUCGGCAUCUGUGACGUCACACAAUGUACGUCGGCAAAUCCAGCUCUGCAUCAACUGGUCAUAUCGGCUGAUAAUGGCGUGGGUAGGAUGAAACUCAACGUUUCUGAUACGGUUUCAUCGGAUGCUGGGGAUUACACCUGUUUGGUCUCGACUAGUGAGGAUGCUCAAUCGGCCCUGGUGAAGUUAAAGGUUACUGCAUGCCGCUAUGGACAGAUUGGCUCUGACUGUCUCCAGUAUUGUCACUGUAAAGAUGGAAUGCCGUGUAAUGUGUUUACUGGGAGAUGUAAAGAGGGCUGUGAGUCGGGGUGGUCAGGAGAAGGCUGUCAAGUGUCAUCCGUUUGCCCAGUGGGUUAUUUUGGUGUCGACUGCACUGAUCAUUGUAACUGUCCAGAUAAUGUUGGUUGUAACAAGGUCUCUGGAUUCUGUAGCACAACAGAAGGUCAAUGUGAAGUAGGAUUCACAUCAGACUCAGUGGACAUGCCCGAUAGCUGCAACUCACUUACUGAAUGUUACAACCUGUGUUCCCGUAGAGAUGAUUGCAACUCGGCGAUUGGUUCUUGUAGCUCAGGUAGAUGCCAUCUACAAUGGACAGGGGAAAGCUGCCCAAUAGCAACUUUAGCCCGAGUUCCUUCAGGUUCCAUAGCAACAGCCGUAGGAAGCGCUGUUGGUGCUUUCCUUGUGAUUUUUAUCGUAAUAAGUUCGAUCUUCAUCUUUUACAAGCAACGAAGCGAUGAAUCAGCCACUACUGAGUCUACUAAAGGGAAGGAGUCUGAUUCGUCUCCGCAGCAUGAGAACUCUGUAUUUGAUCAGUCAAAGACAGACGUCAAUACCUACCAAGAACUGAAUACGAAUCUUACCGACCCUCAUGCCUAUCAAGCUCUCAAGAAACUUGGUCAAGAAGCUAACUACCAAGAUCUUAAUACCGACUCUCAGAGAUACUCGAAUCUUACCGACCCUCAUGCCUAUCAAUCUCUUAAGAAACCCGAUCAAGAAGCUAACUACCAAGAUCUUAAUACCGAUUCUCAGAGAUACGCGAAUCUUACCGACCAUCAUACCUAUCAAGCUCUUAAGAAACCUGAACAAGAAGCCAACUACGAAGAAUUGAAUGGCGCCUUAAAGAGAGAUUAUGUCAACGUGCCAGGCAUUCAAACAGUACUAUCACAACUUGAAUGAUUUUGAGUUAUCAAGAAGGAAAAAAAAAAUAUAAUUUUGAGAGACAAAAUAUUUUCAAUUUGGAUUUAUUACAUAUAAAUGUCAAUGUAUCAAUAUUUCCGUGAAGAUGAAACCAUGCAUUAACCUUUAUCGUGAAAUAUCAAAGUUUAUCUUAAUAACUGAAAGGAAACUAUAUGCUGAUGGACUGUGGCGUCUAUCAAAUAUGAUAUCAUGACGAAAAUUUGUCAUAAACUGUCAUGGCUUUCUUUUUUUCGUCCUGUGCUCCUCUAUCUUCGUUUUCAUUUACCAUGUCUACUCGCGUUACUCCUAAAUCUUUUGAUAUCGGGGAUCAGUCGAAAUAUUUCCUUUUGAAAUACCAUGAUUUGCACAUGAUUGUGUGACGAA